AACCAGAGGCUACAUAUCAGACUCGGGCCUUAUGCGAAGCGCUGCUCCAGGGGGAGACAGUGAGCGGACGGCUGCACGUGUGACCGUGUACCGAGCUCUAGCUGCUUAUAUCGCCUCCUCGCGCGCGCGCCAGCUCGGUGAGCGUCGCGCGAGAGCUGACGGGUACGGACCUCAGUGCUGCAGCGUGGGAAGAACACAGUAUGGGGGAGUGAUGGCGGCGGCGGGCGAGUGUUACAUCGUGCACGAGAUCUACAAUGGCGAGAAUGCGCAGGAGCAGUUUGAGUAUGAGCUGGAGCAGGCGCUUGAGGCACAGUAUCCUUACAUCGUCAUUGAGCCGACACGCAUAGGAGACGAGACUGCGCGUUGGGUGGCUGUGGGGAACUGCCUGCACAAGACGGCCGUACUAGCCGGCGCCACAUGUCUCUUAACGCCACUGGCACUGCCUGCUGAUUAUUCCCGCUACGUAGCUCUGCCUGCUGGCGCCCUCAGCCUGGCCUGCGCCGCUCUCUACGGCAUCUCAUGGCAGUUUGACCCAUGCUGCAAGUACCAGGUGGAGUAUGACAGCCGGAAGCUUGCGCGUCUGCCGCUGCACACGCUCACCUCAUCCACGCCCGUGGUGCUGGUGCGCCGCGACGACGUGCACAGAAAGAGACUGCACAACACGAUAGCGCUCGCCGCCCUGGUCUACUGCGCCAAGAAGAUCUACGAACUGUACGCUGUAUGAACGUAUACAUACACAUGCACAAACACACACCCACACACACGUACAGAUCUCGCACACAUGUACACACACACUGGGAGGGAGGUGAGAAGCACUACUAAAUACAAAACAACAGACACAAAUGCAGCAGAAAGCCAACAGGCAAAUGGAUGCAGAGACCGAGAAAGAGAGCGAUUACCCACAACACGAAGAACCUAGCAGCGCUCUCUUUUCCCAUCUGUAUGCUUCAAUUGAAGAAGAACAGAAUACCGGGUGGGAUGAGAGGAUGAAUGGAGGGGGGGGGUAUGGUUUAUCGGAGAAGUUAAGAUUCUUCCCCUCUUUUUUUCUGCACUGUUAAGUGACAUCAGCAAUGCACUUGACAAGCCCCUCCCCUCUUUCCUCUCCUUAUCCCUCGCUGAGCUCCUGUACCUGCGCAGCAACUGUCAGGCCGUGAAGGCGUGGUGGACAGGCGAACACAGACAACUUUUAAGUAUUACUUUGAAGCCCUAUCUCUCCCCCCUCCCCCUGUGUAGUUUUACUGUACCCUGCCUUGGUGCGUCACCUUUUCAUUAAACAGUAGGAGAUUUAACCUCA